AUUAAUCAAACGACAGACGGCUCAAGCUCGACGAGAGGCCACGCAAGCGGCCAUACAUCGACAGAGUAAGACUGCGGGGGAGACGAUCCUGAGAGGCGGUGCCACGGCGAUGUCGGAUAUCGAUCAUGAAGAUGUCGACGGCGGCAUGGAUAUGUUCGCCGAGCCAGAUGAUUUUCGACCAAAGACGCCGCCGCCCCAAGUCAUUGUCGUGCCGUACGACUUCACAGGCCAGGGCUCGACAAUGACGCUGCUGCCGGCUAGUGAUGACCAGGGCAAGGACGGGGAUCACCUGAGGAUCCAUCUGCUGGGCUCUCAUCCACUGUGGGGUCAUCACCUUUGGAACGCUUGCCUCGACAUCUCGCGGUACCUUCAACAGCAUGCUGGCACAUUGCUCAAGGGCAAGUCUGUUCUUGAGCUUGGCGCGGCGGCUGGUGUACCUAGUAUUGUCUGCGCUCGAGAAGGGGCAGCCGUAGUCGUGGCUACCGACUACCCUGAUGAGCCGCUACUCGACGUCCUGCGGGCCAACGUCAGCGAGAACUUGCGUGGCGACCACGGCGGUCGCAUCGUAGCUGAAGGCUACUUGUGGGGAUCAGAUACUUCUCAGAUCAAGACGUAUUUGCCCUCAGGGUCAACAGGCUUCGACGUGCUCCUCCUCUCCGACCUCAUCUUCAACCAUCAAGCGCAUCCGGCCCUCCUCGCAACGAUGUCGACCUGCUUGGCUCAAGAGCGUGCAUCGCCCUCCGUUGAUUGCUCCCACCCUUCUCAGCAAGCCGCCCAACUUUACGAGCACGAUGAGUCACAGCCCGGCUUUCCCAAUGACCUCCUUGUUGGCAACUUCACAGAAUCUCCGCCAAGCGGGCCGUGCGUGCUCGUCUUCUUCACUCAUCACCGCCCGCAUCUGGCGGCCAAGGAUAUCGACUUCUUCGUCAAGGCAGCGGAGCAAGGCUGGCAGGUUGAAAGAGUAGGGAGAUGGACACGAGAGCCGAUGUUUCCAGAUGACCCUGGCUCUGCGAUCGUACGAGGUACCGUGCACGGCUUUCGACUGUAUCGACGCGAGACGUAGCGAAGUAGCAAAGUAGCACAGCAACAAGGUACCAGCUUGAGCCGAGUGAAGAUCGAGCUCGAGGAGCCAGGUCGCCGCUGUCCACAAGCUUUCUGGAACUCCGAUCUGUCAACAGCGUCAUCUUCUCCUGUCACUCGCUUUGAGCGGCACAGUAAUGAGUGCAUCGCGCUGCCGGUCUGCUCGCAAAGCGGGGACCUGCUGUUCGCUAUGACUUGCAAUGCAAAGAAGAAGCUCCGCGACUUGGCAGACGCCAUCACGAUCAGACAGAACUUCGAGA